AAACCGCGCAUCCGAUCGAUAUGACCUUCUUUUCCAUGUUUUCCUAAUCUAUCCCGACAAUUACUGUACGUUGCAGUACGGUCAUGUUGUCUUUCCAGUAUUUUUGAUAAAAAACAACUCUCCAGUGUUAAUAUGUGUAAUUUUUUUACCUACUUUAAUAUCGCAAUCUAGUUUUAUAUUAAUAUAAACAAUAAGAAGAGAUUAUUCGAAGGAAUAUAAUGAACAAAAUGCCUAAUUCGGACUCUAAUCUGGGAUACGCUUAUCACCUACCGGCAGGAGGGUGGCCAGCGAAAGUUCGAAACGUUUUGUCGCAGUUCAGCGACAUUUUUAGUGAAUUUGACAAGUACAUUGCACCAGCCUAUCACCAUGAUCGUUGCGAAAGGUCAGUGCAGAUGAGGUUAUACUCCAUGCACAAAAGAGAGUUUGUGAUGAUAUUCGUAUUGUUUUUUGCUUGUUUGGGCCUUACAGUAUUUAUUGGCUUAGCAGGUCCUCCUAUAACAUCUGUCAAAAAGAUCGAUGCGCUUUCCUUAUUGCCAGAAGUGAACAAUAGCAACGGAAUCAACAAAAAGGCUAUUGCCACUGGCCCUUUUAUUAUGAAAACGCCCAAGAUGACGACUUACAAUCAGCAGUUAUGGAUCAUAGCGAAGCUGACUACAGAUAACACUGACGGUGAAAUAAUAGAUAAAGAAUUUGACAUUUCUGUAUCAUUAUCUGGUUUGUCUGAGGAACACAAGCCCAUAAAUUUGGAUUCCACGUAUUUUCACGAAAAUAGGAGCAGACACCUACACUGUGAAACGCAGGACUGUGACGAAUUCACAGUGAUGCAUUUGGGAUAUUUGGGAUACACUCAUUACAUGGUGACGGUGAAAUUUUACAAUUUGGAGGCGUUUCAUUCGAGAUACACAAUCAAGGAACUUAUAUUUUACUUCAAAACAUAUAAUCCUGACUUCACCGAGAUAGAAGUAUGGUUUCGACUCAUAUUCCUCAUCGCAGCUUUCUCCAUAAUGUGUUGGUUUUACAACUCUUUGAAAAAAUAUCCCGUCCAUUGUUGGUCGUUCGAGCAAAAAUGGCUAGCCCUGCUUCUACCAUUGUGUGCAUCUUUCAACAAUCCACUAUUUCCAGCAAUAUUUCUGAUCAGUUCCUGGCUUCCCGGAUUGCUGGACGCAUUGCUGCAAGCCAACUUCCUUGGUGGGUUGUUUUUGUUCUGGCUCAGCGUGUACCAUGGUCUAAGACAGAACGAGAGGCAAUUCUGUACUUUUUACUUUCCGAAACUCUUCAUAGUUUCCAUGAUGUAUAUUCCUAUUUUGGUGUUAUCCGUAUGGCAAAAACUUCUAGAAUUGAACGAUCCAGCAUACGAUCACACCACAGAAGCAAAUUUCUAUGUGGUUAAAGCAUUUUUCUACAUUUUCGGAGUCAUAUACCUGAUUUAUUUGGGGUAUCUCAUUCUGAAAGCGUAUUCUGAACUAAGAUCGAUGCCGUUUUUUGGUUUGAGGCUGAAAUUUUUAACUCUACUGAUGCUGGUCGUAAUAUCCAUAGGACUGAUCAUAACGAUGUCCAAAUUUGGAGUGGACGUGUUAGAGGAUAAUUUUGUAGCCCAGCUGGGGACCCAUUACGACAAUUCAUCCCAAUUUAUGUCGUUUUAUGGGUUGCUAAAUUUUUAUAUCUAUACUAUGGCUUAUGUAUAUUCACCCAGUAGCAAAAGUGCUCAUGAAAUGAGCAUUACAAAAGAUAACCCGGCCUUUUCCAUGAUAAACGACUCAGAUGAAGACGUCAUCUAUGGAUCAGACGAAGAGAGUCGCAGACCAUUGAACAGAGGACACAACCCUGACGAUGACAGCGACUAAAAUAAGUUUAAAACGAAUUUAAUUGUUGAUAUUUACUGAAAAAAAUGUAAUGUGUCCUAUUUGCCAGAUAACAUUCAAUUGAAAACAGUACAGGAAUGAAUGCCUAUAUUGAAGAAAGAUUGGAACUGUGUCAAACGAAAAAAAGAGCAAAAAUAUAUUGUAUUUGUCAUAAUGUAUGAAUACAGGGUGAGAGUUUGGAAAAUAGCAAUCAGAAUCAACAAUAGGAAAUAAAUAAUUUAAUUUUUUUUUAGUUCAAAACAUAUUUUUGAUUGUUAUUUUUCAUAUUAUCACCCUGUAUCCUAAACAAUAUCUAUAAUGAACGUAAGAUUUUUAAAAAUUAUUAAAUCAGUAUCUAGCAUCUACAGUAUGUCCCCGGAUUGUCUUCGUAAGAGAAAAAAACUUUUUUAUUACUGUCAUUUUGAGAAAAAUACAUUUUUUAUAAA